GGAAUCUGGGGUGAUGGGUGAUGAGUCAACCAUCGUCCCCCCGCGUCUGCAUUUCCCCCCCAAUGGCCCCUCCGCGUCUUGGGGGUUUUUGGCUGGAGGAAGUGGAAGCAGGAAGGACAGGACCCUGGGAAGUGGGGAAAGGAACCCCCGCAGGCUCCCACUAAUAAUAUUAAGGACGCUCGUCUUCUGAGCAUAAAACUCGCUUGCACAUCCCAACGCUGUAACCUGCGAAGGACAACCUACUAGCCGGCCUAGUGAAGCGCUCCGGUGACCGCAGACAAGCAGAGAACGUAUCCGAAAAGCCCUUCAAGCGAAGCCGCCCAGGAUGGCCGCCAACAUGCCGGUGGACGACGAUAUCACGGUCAGCGGCUUGUAUGUCUACCCUGUGAAGAGUUGCAGAGGCAUUCGAGUAAAGUCCGCCGCGGUCAGCGAACUUGGCCUCGAAUUGGACCGCUUCUGGAUCAUAUCCAGUCCGGAUCGUCAGCAGGUUACGCAACGUGGGAUUUCGAAGAUGUCUAUGAUCCUGCCACGCUUGGAGAUUGGCGAGGGGGAAGACUGCGUGGUGGCCGAGGCGCUCACCAGCCCACCGGGCAAGGAUGGGAAUGACAUACCUCCUUCCGCACUGCCAUCCAUUCCAUCGGACGCUUACGGACGUGGUGGUCGACUGAUUCUCAACGCACCCAACAUGCCUCCUCUGGUGAUCCCGUUCCGGCCGCGAGCAGAACUGACUAAAAAUAGUGGAGAAAGCAGAAUCACAGUGUGGACAUGGGAUGUUGCGGGAGUGGACGAAGGAGAAGAGGCCGCCGCAUGGCUGCAAGACUUUCUUGGAGUCCCGGCGAGGCUCUGGGUGAAAGCAAAUACCGUUCGUGACCUCCCAGUCAAUCACACUCCAGCCAGAGCAUUAUUUAGUCAUGAGCCCCAGACUGCGUUCGCGGACGUGUUUCCGUUCUUGAUGUUGUCGGAGGCCUCCGUCGCGGAUAUCGAAUCGCGAAUCAAGCAGCGAAACGCCGAAAUAUACAAGGACAACCCGAUCACACAUGUGUCAGUGAUCAACUUCCGCCCAAAUAUCGUUAUUUCGUCACCUCAAAUGAAACCCUGGGCCGAAGACGACUUCCUACAAAUCUCCAUCAAUCACACCCACGACAUGUACAUCGCCUCUAGAUGCACCCGCUGCGUCAUGCCAACCAACAAUCCAUUCACGGGCAUUUUUCACAAAAAUGAACCCACAGCGACACUGAUGACCUUUCGACGCGUCGACGCCGGAGCAAAAUACAAGGCUUGCGUCGGCAUGAACGUCGUGGCUGCCACGCAUGGCUGGACACUCAGCGUCGGGGAUACCUUGCAAGUCCGCAGUCAGCAGGCGGGCAUUCACCACCAGGAUGGAAUUUGGAAUGGGAAGGAUGUGCCGGAUCCUGUGAUAAAGAGAGACGCGAAUGGAGAUGAGGCGCCACCGCCGCCGAGCCCGUCGCCGAAGCAGCCGACCGCUUUCACGGUUAUCUGGGUGGCUUCGGCGGUUAUGGCUAUCAUUCUUCCGCCGUUGUUUGCGCAGUGGGUUGAACAUUACGAUGUUAUUUGAUGGCAUGUGCCACCGGACAUGUGCGAGUUUCGCCCACAUGCAUUACCGCUGUCAUCCCUGAUAUGGGUCGGCGGGCGACGACAAUGGGUACCGGGUUCAGUAUUCAUUGCCUGAGCGUCACCCCCACGUCGCUCUCAACGGACCAUAAGUGGUCGCCGAUAUGCCGGUCAGCGCAAAUCCGCAAAUCCGCCCGGGAUCAGAAGUUGCUAGUCCAACGGACCCUCUGUCGAUUACAACUAGUGAUUCUCAUUGAUACUCCAUCGA